AUGUCCACCACCAGAACUCGACAUUUCAAAGGACCACCACCAGAACUCAGCAUUUCAAUCAAAGCACUGAAGGAUGUUGAUGACAUCCCAAUACCAUGGGAAAGUAGGGGGGAUCAAUCACAAGUACCAACAGAACUUCUGUUAAUGACAGCAACUGAUGAAGCAUUCUUACCUUGUUACUCACUUAUGGAACACGUUGAAAAAGUGUAUCAUAACACACUUGGAUUUGUCUAUUUUGGUGAAUUUAAAGAUACGAAUCACAAGCACCAGAGCGUGAAAGUCGCAUUAAUGAAACAUUACGAGGGAGUGUGUGAAACUCUAAAGGCUGUGACAAAUGCUGCUCACGUUCUGCACCCCAAAGUCACCAUUUUGGUUGGGACCUGUGAAACCCUGGAAAGAACAAUUAAGGUGAAACCUGGCGAUGUUGUGAUUGCUACGAAAUUAGCAACUUAUGAUGAUGAUAGAAUCCUACCAAAAGUGAGUCGAAAUGUGCGAACUUUGAUUCUGUCUGCAGGUCAUGGUUGGAAACCACCAUUAAAAGACCCGGAAAGUUUAAAAGUGAAAGUUAAAACAGCUUUGAUGAUAAGUGGCUCAGAUAAAAUUAAAAAUCGUGAAAGUCUUAAAAACUUACAAAAAGAUUUUCCAGAUGCACUUGUUAUUGAAGACGGGGGAAGAGGUAGGUAGAAACUUCCUACAAGUGAGUAGUUCGACCAUCUGUGUACUCCAUACCAGCUACCAGAAAGGCUUAAAGCUGAUGAAAAAAAUUGUCAAACAGUUGAAGUUAAUAGAAAUUAGCAGAAAUUAAUUUUUAACAUUUUAAGCCUGAAUGUGAAAGGUUCAUAUGUGCAAUUUGCCUGCUAAAUACAUCAGCAGGAGAUCUAUAAAAUUAAAUGUAUGUCUUCUCAUAUUUGCAUCCAAAGGUUUUUUAUUUUGUGCUUCCCUGUAAAUUUUAGGGCUAUAUGAAGCAGCAUGUGAUCUUAAGAUGGAAUGGGCUAUUGUAAAAGGAGUGUCCGGUUCGGCAGGGGAAAGUGAAGAGGUGUCAGAAUCUUGGAAGCAAUUUUCUAGUACAAUGGCAGCAUCUGUUGUAUAUGACAUGUUUAAAUACAUAGUGCUACAAAACUGGACUCGCGAAAGAGAAUUAGCAGGAGACACAAAAGGUAGUUAUUUUUCUAUACCGGAAUGGAAUUGGAUUUUUUAAUUGAAAUCCAUUUAUACUUUUGCAUUAAUAUAUAGUUGUGACUACCUCUGGACUAUGUUGUUUGCAGUAGCUUAAACAUGUUUACAUUGAGCAGUUUCUUGGAAGAAGUGAUUGACCGAUUGUGCAGCAAUCGGAAGUUACCAAUUACCGAUAAUUCAUAAUUCAUGCCACAAUUCAAACAUGGUUGCAGGUGUUCCAGGUGGGGUUCUGGGUUUUACAGACACCCGUAUACAAAUGGUAUUAUGUCCAUAUUUUUUUGCAAUAUCCUCUAGCUGUUUACAAUUUUUUCUGAAAAACUGAAUAUGUUGGUCUUGUUAAUUAAAUAUAAACUGAGAAUUUUAAUUUUUUGGGUCAUGCAAGUUUACUUUCUACGACUACGAUAUUUCAAAUGCGGUAAAAAGUGGAAAGUAAGUUUUUUUAGUAAGAAUUCCAAGUUUGUUUGAAUUGAAUAGUCUAUGAUAUAUUAAUGUCAUAUUUUGUAGAUGUGUCAAAUGCUGAAACAGCAGGUUCAAACCACAGCCAAAGGAAUGUUAACG